AUGCCGAAGAGAGGUGCCACGCGUACUCAGAAAAGACACCAGGACACGCUCGUCGCCUUCUUCGGAAGUCGUGCCAGUGGAAGCCGUCAAUCAGGCAGAGGACGCGGGUCCAGUCCGCCGAAUGGGGAGCUCGACGAGGAUAGCAGCCAGAGCAGCGACGUCGGAGCAAUACGUUUCGAAGCUGCACAUACUUCCACAGAGGAGGACGAUCCGAAGAGCUCCCCGCGACGUCCUGUGAAGAAGCGCAGAUUGAGGAAGCAGAGAGCUGACAGCGACGAAGAUGACGAGACGCGGAAAUCGAGCGAGGAGGAGACGGGUGUGCCUCCGACCCGGAAGCGUAGUAACAAGGCUGCCGGGAAGCGGAAGGAAGUUGUGGUCUUGGAUGAUGAGGACGAGGAGGUGCAGCCUCGCAAACGAAAGCUGGUGAGAGGCCAGCGACCACCUUCUCCAGAGGAAGAUGAAGAAGACUUACUGAACGAGGUCGAUGAAAAUAGGAUAAUCGAAACCCGCCUGCGCUCUCGUGAUAAAAAGUCUGCUUUUCAAAAGAACUUGGAGAGGCUCAAACGUAAGAAGCGGGGACAGUCCUUGGCUUCUGCGUCCGAGGACGAGGACGAGGACGAGCUCGAUGGCGCGCCAUUCGCUGUUGCAAGACCUAGCAAAUACAACGGUGGAGACACUACGGAAGACGAGGUUGAAGACGCGGAAAAGGAUGGCGCAUUUAUUGUCGAGGACGACAAUGCCGUUGCGCCAGAACUUCCUGCCGAGUUCAGCAUGAACACCUACCAAGACUUGCUACAUCACUUCAAAAUAAUUUGCCAAUUCUUCGUCCACCUUGCUGUACAAGAACCAGAUGAUAGAGAGUCUGUCAGACUGGACCUCGUCAAAAACCAAUACUUCUCUGUACCCCUCCAAAUCACUAGGCGCAAACUCGUGGGCAUGCGAGACUCGCUUGUUACGUCGUCAGUCUGGCGGACAGACUACAAAAAGUCAUUGGAGACAUAUCCAGACCUCGAAAUAUACCAGCUGGACUUCGCCGACCCAGGUUGCGACGCUUGUCACCUCGGCUCCCGAAUGUCUACUCGAGUGGGUAGAUUGAGUGGGUUGGCCUACGAACCUGAUACUUUCGAGUCAUUCGAGGAGCAGGAAGAUUCCGAAGACGAGGACCAAGGGCAUGGUCACCGUCAGAAGAAGGAGUUCAACCUUGGUCGCUUCUGUGCGGCGAGGACGCGGGUCUUUCACAGAUUCUCGCAUUGGGAGUAUGCUCUAUUCAAGGUACUGCAUCAGGAAGUAGAUGAGUUGCGCAAUGGCGCCGGUUCUCGUGGCUUCGUUCGCGUCGCCUUUGCACGGGGCGUUGAACCUCCAGAUGAUCUCUCUGACGCCGACGGGAUAAUGGACUGGCUCGAUCAACGAGGCGUCAUCAACAUCGAAUGGCAAAAGCUGAAGGAAAUGAUGGAGAGUGCGCGAAACCUUGAAAUGAAGGCGAAGAAGGGUGCAGACGACGAUGACUGA